UCUGGUCAUGUGUGUGCUAAACAGAGAGGAUUUCACAUGAUGGACUUGCCGGAGACGCUCAGAAGACGUUUAGAGGACUUUUCUCGGAAUGUCUUAUCUGACCAGGGUCGGACUCAGUCUCUCUCAAAAGAGCACGACACGUUUUUGCCGCACGACAAACGGGUUCUGUCCAGUCUGCACCUCCAGAUGUCUCUGUUCUUUAACAUGUGGUUCUUCCCCCUGUGGUGGAUCAGUGAAACUGUGAUGCUGCACCUCAAGUAUCCUGCCUUGCCAGAGUAUUACAAGUUCAUCCUUGUCACUGUCCUCAUCCUGAUGACUUUGAUUGAGGCCAUUAGACUGUAUCUUGGUUACGCUGGGAACCUGCAAGAAAAGGUCCCAGAGUUGGCUGGAUUUUGGCUGCUGAGCAUCCUGCUGCAGUUCCCACUGAUCCUGUUUCAGCUCUUCAAUGAAGCCAUUCUCAUACAGCCCCUGGAGAGAGGCGUUCACAUUGUUCUCGCCAUUUUCAUACUCACACAGGCCCUCUCUGGAUUUGUGGCGCUCCGAGACAUGGUCAGACACACAGAAAGCCAAUUUCAUCUCCGACAGUUUGACUGAAUUGUCAAGAUCUGACUUCUGUCCUGCAUCAGGACACUACUGCCAGACUCAGAGACUGGCAACAAACACAUCACUUUUGUAUUGCACUUAGCAAAAUGAGAA